AGUAGACUAAACUGAGCUCAAAGGGCUGACGUGUCACAGCAAGUCUUUUGUUCCAACAGUUGAAACUCAAAAAGGGAAAUAUAACAACACCAGAUACAAAUCCACCAAGAGGACUUAGAUCAGCCAACAACUAGGUCUGCGGAUCGACAUACUGCAAUUCUUCAAAAUGAUUGCCUUGUUGUUACUUUUGGCUUUUGUUUUGCCUCAAAGUCAGGCAGUGGACCAUAACUCUAAGCCAUGUAUGCGCGCGAGGUACAACAACGCUCACAAUGUUUUCCUCAAACGCCAUAUUCCUGAUGAGGUGCCAAAAACGUGGGACCAGAACGCCUGGGAAGCUUUCCUGAGGAAGAUUAAUACGUGUGGCAGACCGACGCAGUCGUUUUUCCGUGCCACCGAAAAACAGCGGGUGGAAAAUGUCUGCAGUAAGGCUGGCGGAAAGACACUGUCCGGUAACUUGUGUAUCAGCAAAGAGAAAUUCUCCUUCGUAACGGUACGGAUCGAUAACAGUGAAGGCGCGUGCGGAAUCAGAAGCAUGCGCAAUGAGACCAAACACAUCAUCCUCGCCUGUGAAGACAUAGGAGAUGUUUGUCAACCGGUCCAUUUCGAGGGAAACCCUGAAAGCAAAGCGCCAAGCAAUAACCAGUUGGACUGUGGGGCUAAGGGGAGCUCGGGAACCAUUGCGAUACACGUGCUUCCUUUUUUGUUUACUUUGGUAGUGAUGGCAUACUUUUUGUAAGGGAAAAUCUUUUAUGCUACUCCUAGACUAUAUGUUAAAGACCCCAAAAAGCAUGCAUGUCUUUAUAUGUUUAGAAUUGAUUGUUUGAUUAUUUUUGUACAUAUUGGACAUUUUAAGGAAGUGUGCAUUAAAACAAGGCCUUCUUUUAAAA